GACGAUCUUCAAGUAAAACAGUGGCCUUGCAUUGCCUGCAAAGUACAUAAAAAGUUCUUCAAAAUCAGCAAAAGGUAUUUUGUCUGUCGAACUCUUAACAUCAAAACAGUGUCAAUUUUUGGAUCAACUCGAACUGACCUUUUGGUAAAUGAUACGAUGGAGCAUUUGAUCUUUCAUAGUGUUCCUUAGACGUGAUUUUCUAGUUGGUAAGGGGUACAAAGAAGAGGUUGGAGAGGUAAACAAAGAAGAGGAACAGAAGAGAGACGCAACGAAGAAGACGAACGAGGUUUUGGGGGCGCCAGAAAAGGGGGAGAGAGAAAGCGGAGGAGAAGGAAGUGGGGGGAACGAGAGGAAGGCAGUAGGGUAGUUGGCAUCGCAUGCAUCCAAUUCGAUGUCCGCGCACUGUUGCUUUGCUGAACUACCAAGCGGUUGCUCUGUUGCUGGCGUCAUCGCUCGAUUUAUAUUGGAAAGGGGGCAGCUCCUUUUCGAUUUCGCUUGAUUUCCCAUCGGAGAGUGGAGCACCGGAGACCGUAGGGGAGAGAAAACGGUUGAAUCUUGUUAGGGUUUCGCCCUCUCCGUUGUAAUCUUGUCGGAGAAGUGUAGAAAGAAGAUUGCGGGGAUCGCUAGCAGGGUUUCUUUGAACCGAAAGAGAUAGUUCUUUAUCUGAGCACUGGUUUUCAAGGGUUUUAGGUGACCGAGUUAUAAGCUCUCCAUGUGCUUGGAGUUUGUUGUGUUGAUUCCCUUUUAGAAUAUAAUUGCGUAUGAUGGAACUGUUGUUCGUUCCGAAAAGGUUCGGAGAAAUGAAAUCUUGGUCGUGAAUUCUUUUUGAGUUGGUGGAAUCUGGGCGUUCUGAAGUAGUUGUAUCUGUUCUUGAGAUCGAAAAAGGGUGCCUUUUGAAGCGCUGGCUAACUGUUCAAGGUUUUUUUUCCACUAUCAUAUAUUGUUCACGGAGAAACACGUAGAGCGCGUUAAAUAUUUGUAGUGGAUUCCGAUUUGAUCGAAAGAUUCUUGCUAUGCAUAAGUCACUUUAAAUUAGUGCUUUCAAGACUUUAUUGCUGUUAUGAGGAUGGUGAUGGAUCAUGGCAUCAAUUUUCCUCAUGGAGGAGUUUACCAGCAAUCUUUUUGCAAUCAACAUGUACAUUCUUUUCAACCAAAGGAUGUAAACAGCACAACCAGUAUUUUUCCUGGUGACAUAAACACUUCAUGUGGAAUAAUUACAAUGACAGGGAUGAUAUUGAUUGGGAACUCCAGCACUCCAAACAAUGUUUCUCCCAUGAUUUUGACCAGUAAUCCUCCAGGAAAUAUCCUUCUCGAACCGGUGCCUGGACUUAAGCAUAUCACAGCGUUUGCUGUUGAUUGGUCCUGCGAGGAAUUGGAAGUGUUGAAACGAGGCCUUGUCACAUAUGCUAGUGAACCUAAUAUCAUGAAAUAUAUCAAGAUAGCAGCUAGACUUCCUGAGAAGACUGUGAGAGAUGUUGCAAAGAGGUGCCGAUGGAUGACUAAGAAGGAGAAUGGUAAAAGAUGUAAUUCUGAAGACCUUUAUGCUGGAAAGAAAAUCAAAGACAGAAAGGAGAAGAUGAUAGGUUGUUCUUCAAUGGUCAAUAUGCAUUAUAAUCAACCUGACAGUGAAUCUGCCUAUUCUGUCAUGAUGUGUGAUGGGAACCAUAUGAAUCAGUUCUCAUCUGAAGCAUUCCCAGUGGUUGACAGCAGAACAAAGAAUCUUCUGGAAGACAAUGUAAAACUUCUUCACCAGAUUGCAGUUAACAUUGAAAAUAAUGAGAUACAAAAUAACAUCGAUCUCUUGUAUUGCACAAACAACAACAUUACAGCGACUCUAAAUAGCAUGCUUGAAAUGCCUGGUGUUAUGAGCCAGAUGCCUCCACUGCCUGUGCAUGCCAAUGAGAAUCUUCUGCAUUCCAUAUUGCCCUAUACUAGUCAGGCACAUGGACCUGGCAACUGUUAUGUCAAGGAAGAGCCAAGCUGCUGGUGACCUGCUGCUACCAAAUGACCGGGUUUCUGUAAGUACACGAUACUCUUAUGUAAUUACAAGGAAGGUGAUCAAAACUCUCUUUGAUACACAUGCCUUUCGAUAAGAGAAUAGAGAUUGCAUGCUCACACCAGAGGAGAUUGAAGAGCGAGUCAAUAAGAAUCCCAAGGACCUGACACUAUAUAUCAAGAUUACGAUAUAGAGCUUCUAUGUAAAUGCUUUUGUAUGGAAGAAAGUUUGUGCACCGACAGUAUUAGGUGCUUGCGGUUCAUCAAAUUCUUUCGCUUUGCUACCUAUGUCUUUUCGUUCAAGAGCGAUUUCAAAUGAUAAAUUUUAGUCCCAGAGAAUAAAUAUUUAUCUUCAUAGUGGAAUAAUCUGAAUGCAUAUUCAAGAAUGAG